AUGGCGGUCGAACUAGUUCCAGAUGCUCCCAGAGAAAAAGCUAAUGAGAUUCUAAUUGAUCAGCCUGUUGGAACAUUCCUGAUACGUGACAGCACUACAAAGUCAGGUUACGUGCUUGCGAUAAAAGAGGCCAACGAAGUCAAGCGUUACUUACUUACAUGGGCACCUCAACUAAAAAAGUUCAAGUUUGGCGACACUCUCUAUUCUUCGCUCGAUGAGUUGGUUAGACUUCAUACUUCACACUCUUCGAGUACUCGUAUGAGACAGCCAGCCCAGAAGGCUACUUAUGCUGCUUUAUAUUCGUUUCAAGCACAGGAAGAGGGAGAUUUGUCUUUUCAGAGGGGAGAUUUGUUAACAUUCAUAAGACAAAAGCGGGAGUGGAUUCUAUGUAAAUCAGGCGAUAACCGUAUCGGUUGGGUUCCUUCAAAUUAUUUAACUCCGUUUACACCUGAAAUUGUUGCAAGAUUAAAGGGUCUUGGUGACCAACUUGGAUUAACCUAUUGUCAUAUGCUGAAAUCUGUUCAGUUACCGGCUACUGGAAAGGUUGUAAGGGCUAGAAAUCCCAGUAUCUUCGCGACAAAUCACUUGAAAGUGGAGUGCGAUGAUGAAGUUCAAAUCAGGAAACUACUUCCUGAUGGAUUCUGUGAGGUCUGGCGAGAACGUGAUCAAGUUGGCGGCUUGGUACCAAUUAAUUUCCUUAAGAUUGAAUUAUUAUGUCUGGCAUUUCACGAUCAUUUUGAUGCAAUUGUCGAAACGUCUAGUCGGAUGUUAACAGCUGCUCGAAUGCUAGGAAUGCGCAUUGUAGUUACUGAAAUGUACCCUAAAGGUUUAGGUCCUACCGUCAAAGAGUUAGGAGAUUUAAGUGGUAUUCCCAUCAUUUCAAAGAGAUCAUUUUCUAUGCUAACAGAUGAAGUAGCCAAUGUUUUGGAGCUGGGAAAACAAAUCAAUUCUGUUUUAUUAUGUGGUAUUGAGACACAUGUUUGUGUUCAGUCAACUGCAUUAGAUUUAAUUGAACGGGGAAUACAAGUUCAUUGUAUUGUAGAUGCUGUAUCUUCACGAAAUAUGGUUGACAGAAUGUUUGGAUUUCAACGAAUGAGUCAAUCAGGUGUCUAUUUGACUACAUGUGAAUCAGCCUUAUUAACUAUACUAUGUGGUUCUGAUCAUCCUCAAUUUCGUGAUGUUCAAAAGAUUAUUUUAAAGCCUAGCCCGGAUAGCGGUUUAUUAACUGGAUUCAAUACACCAAAAAUUAGCUAA